AUGGUGUUUGGCCACCAAGCCCUUCCUGUUCCCUCUGAAGGCCAUCUCCACCCGUCUGUCCGAUGGCGCAGUUCUCUCUCUGUCUCUCCGUCUCUGGAGCCAGGUGCUGUCUCUCUGGGCUAUAAGUUCACAGUGACACCUAAUGGACAACCGUGGUGUGACAUUCAAGGCCAGGUCAACGGGAACGCAUUUCUUCAUUACACCUGCGGCGGCCAGAGGGCCACACUCACCAGUGUUCCGGGGGUGAGUGCCACCCGGGCCUGGAACCAGCAGAGAGACGCUCUGCAGGACGUGGUGGAAGAGCUCAGGAAGACGCUGCUUGACAUGAAAGCAGGGAUGACUGCAGCCGGCGCUCCUCUGUCCCUGCAGGCCAGCAUGACGUGUGAGCAGGAAUCCAGUGGACGCACCAGCGCAUCCUGGGAGUUGGGAUCGGAUGGACAGACAUCUCUCCGCUUUGACUCAAAGAACAGACACUGGACGGUGCUGCGCGGUGAAGGCAGACGGUUAAACAGAACAUUGGCGGGUGACAGAGCUACGACCCAUCUCCUGGUUAUGACCUCAGCUGGAGACUGUAGGAAGUGGCUUGAACAAGUGCUGUGUCCCCUGAGCACACAAGCCACAGCCACAGCCACAGCCACAGUCCCGUCCAAGGCCUCAGCCAACAGGCCCAUCACCUCGGUCCUCCCUGUGAUCCUCACCUGCGCAGUCCUAGUUGGCAUCUUAGGCUGGGCCUUAACCUAACAGGAACUGAGGGCAUAACUGCAGGUGCCAUAACAGCACACGCACUUUCUGAGC